UUCCGAAAUGUCAAUCAAGAAACCGUUAUUUGAUCUAGCCCUGGGAACCCCCUCCCGAUCGUUAUGUUUUUAAAUGGAUUUCUAUGCGUCCAAUUCCUAUUCUGAGGUAACUGGAAGCGAUCUGAUUGGCCGCAUCUAUUACAUGUCUCGUUGCCACCAUCUAGCCCGCGGUUCUUCCUUCUCUUUCGUUGCUGCUGUGGGUAUUGGUAUGGGUACAAGCAUACGGAAACAACAGCGAAUACGACCGCCCACGUGAUCGGAGCUGUAUGACUCUGGCGACGAUGAGCUCAUCAGGCGCCAAUUCCAAGGGCCGACAGCAAAAUGACAAGCUGCCGAAGGGGACCGGGAAGAGAAUCAUAAACGCAUGCCAAAGGUGCAAGUCGCGGAAGAUACGCUGCGACGGCGCCACGCCAAUCUGCGGGAAAUGUUCGAGCCAGAAUGUGGAGUGCGUCUAUGGAGAACGGCGGUGGAGAGGGAAAGGCAGGACGUA